GGUUACCGGUAUCCGACUCUAUAUGUUACAUCGAUCCGAUAUUCCGAAGGGGAGUUUUAUAUUUUGUAAACAGUAGAGUCUGCAAGCUGAAAUCACCGGUGUUAUGGUGUCGUUUGUCAUCAUGCUACACGAAAUCUGAUUAAAGAGGAGUAAAUUAUGGAAUUAUACCAAGCGGAGGAUAACUACAUCAUACAGGAUAAGGAUUCCAGCUUGUGGUGCAGUCGAGUGGAUGGAAAGUUAAUCCCACAACCAGGGUCAGCCCUUGGAAAUGCGUGGAACCCUGUCUGUCUGGGUAAAGUGUUUGGAGUGAUCGGAAAACUUCGCAUACAUCCAGAGUCGGAAUGGAGACUACUGCUCAUCCGGAGCCAUCGUCUAGUUGGCCAGCUCCCCAAGGGGCAUGAUGUCUACUGCAUUACCCGCAUAGCAGUCUUACCGCUCUCUCAAAAUGGACACCCGGAUAUUGAUAUUGAGGUACUUUGAUUGCCCCCUUUUUUUUUUUGGGGGGGGGUAAUCUGGUUCAUGUUUUGAUGAAUUUUUAAAUUCUCCAGUAAUUUUGUAUGUAUAAUUGUAUCAUCGCUCUUUAAUAUAGGGCAAUGAUGUGUCUCACUGCCAUUCAAGUUUCCUUGUAUAGAUACAUGUAUGAACUUCAAGAUGCACAUGACCCUGGAUAACAUACGAGUUACAUGUAUAUCAUGCAUGUCCAACAUCUAUUAUCAUGCAAAACCAUAAUCCAUAUUGAGCUUUUCCAGUAAAAUUACUGUGAAUAAUUCUUCCACUUUAUCUACUGCAAGAUCACACUAUAGACUCUGGAUGACACAUUCAUAGCAGCAUCCAAUGUCAUUCAAAUUGUUUUUAAAGUGACUUUCUUUCGUAGCAAAUAAUCCUUAAGUAUUUCAAGUCUGGAAAUUGUCAUUUUCUGGAGCAAAUCGGGAAACCUGGCCACAAGUCAGACAUCCCUGCACAAUUAAUAGCUGAUGAUAGUUCACUUGCUAGACCAGCUAGAGAGUUGAUGCUUGAAAACUUGACACCAGGGCCACAUCUCCUUGAAGGGGUGUGGUUCAUAAAACCAUUUCUAAAUAUGAUAAGCCAUCAGCACCAUUAUGUACAUGUAUGCCCUUCUCCAUUUGUAGAUCAUAGUACUGAUGGGCCACACAAUGACAAUCUAUCGGUUUUUAGAGGACAUUUUAAAAGGACAAUUUAUUAUUACAUGUAGGUGAUGGUGUUACUGGCUCUCCAUAGUUAAGAUUGAUUGGAAUUGAAUUAAUCACACUCUCUUGUAAGAUGAGGCCCAACUGACAUGGAGAUGUGCUCGCACAAAACUUUGUAUUUUUGUAUGAAGAGUGUUUUUGCCUCAAUGGUUUUCCUUAUCUUCAAUAGAACCCCUUCUUAAGUUAAAAGAAUUGAUGAUGCUUUCAUCAAUACUAUGAGUCCAUGAGGUACACUCUUGAAUAUCUGGGUCCCAUCUUCAAAAGAGUUGCAAUGGAUCCAAAUCCAUCUCAAUUUGUGAUUGAUCUUAAUUUAUUUAGUUAAGAGAUAAGAAUUUGAGAUCAAUUGCAAUUUGAGUUUGAUUCAAUCAAUUACAAGUCUUUGUGAGACAGGGCCCAAAUGACACACAUAUUCCGUUUUUGAACAUUGCACAGAAAAUUAUCCAAUAUCCUACCAUGGAGCUACCAACAAACUGCUCUGUAUAUUGACCUUUCCACUUUGGUUUAAGUUUAUAUUAGAUAGAGCAGCGAGAUACGGUAAAUUCUGACAUUGAUAGUCAUAUUAUAUACGAUAUACACUACCUCUUUUGAAAUGCUGAUUUUCUACCCUAUAAUAAUUUCUUGGCUGUAUCAAAAAUUUGACAUGUAGUUUGCUGGACAGCGAUAUUGCUUGCAUUCAGAGUUAUAUUAGUACUGUACACAUUGAUAUUUGCAGAAGAUUUCAUAAUGCAGAUUGCAGAAAUUACAUGUGGUAUGACUGCUCUUGCUUAGAGAAGCAAAUUGCUUAAUACAGGUCUAAACGAAUCAUGUUGUGUUUUGCAGUCUAAAAGAUCAACAAGUACAUCUACAUGUAGCAAUAACUUUAAUAGCACUGAAAAAUUAUGUGAGGGCACAAUGCAAUUUGUUCACAAAAUAUAUAUGAAAGAACAGUCUUAAGCUGUAAAAAAAAAGCCCAGCAUUAUUGCCUGUUUUAUGCAAAGGGUAAUGGUCUAUGGACAGAAUAAAGGGGAAGGAAAGGCUUUGUUUAGAAAAUAUUGUUUGAUCUUUAUUGGCAAAGCUGGCCCGUGCCCCACCCCCCCCCCCCCUUUGAGAGGCACAAUUAAAAUUUGUAAUGUAAAAAUGCAGUUAAAACAGAAGUGUGUGCCCCCCUUUUGGAAAAUCCUGGAUCCGCCCCUGAUAUAAUGUGUAUGUUAUUACAUGUACUUGUAAAAAUGGCUUGAUUUAUCAGUGCGAUGAUGGGGGAUGGGUAUUAAAGGUUAAAACUUUAAUAAAGGGGUCUCUGAAACCUUGGAGAUUUAAACUGUACAACAUGGCCAGGAGUUUGCUAUAUUUGACAUUGACAUACAUGUUACAGCAUUUCAUCCACCCAUUUUCUUUCUAUUAAACUGAAAUUUUCUUUUUGGCAUGAAUGUCUUUGCUAGAAGAAAAAGCACUGGCAAAGUGCUUUCAUUUGUCCAGAUUUUUAAGAUCUGUCCUGCCCACAAGCUAAGCGUCAAAUUAGCGAUACUACUAUAAAUGUCAGCAUAUAAUCUAGACUGAAGCAACUGCUCAAGAACAAGAACCCAACUACAAAAUUUGAGUACAUGUACAUGUGAAUUUACUUUGAGUGAAAUUUACCUUCACAUUAUUUUUUGUUAAAUGUUAACAAUGCUAAUUAUCAUAAAUUUCAUUUCAUUGUCAUAGAAAAGAAAGAUAAUUUAAUAUAGCGUCUGAUGUUAACAAUAGGCCUAACUCACUCCCAUAUGUGUGUGCGAGAAAAUAUAAGAUUUAAAUAACAUGUCCAGUAGGCCUACGUUCUUUUCUUUUUCAAUAGUUGCAUGUUUCUUUUAAUACAUGUAGUUGGUUGAGAACCCUUGAGAAUCAAUAUACUCACUUUCCACUUGAGUUUUCAUCUUGGCUUGUAAUAACAUAAUGUAGGUGCUGUACAAUUCCUGUACAUGUACUUUGUGUAUUAACAGAAAGUUUUGUUUUGAGAGCAUUGGUUUUAUCCGGCCUAAUUGUGAAAUAUUUAUGGCAUUACCUUGAAAUCUGAAGUGUGUUUGUAUUUCUUUGAAUAUAAUAAUUAUACUUUUAAAACCUUGAAGGGUAGGAGGGUACAAUGUACAUGUAGUUUGUAUAUCAUUUGGUUGGAAGAAUUGUGCUGAGGCUUCCACACUUUAACACAUGAUUACAGUCUUUGGAUGUGUACUUUGAUACAUGUACCACAUCAACAAAAUUGGCAAAAAUGAAUUCUGAAUAUUUAUGUGGAUACCAUACCCUAUUAAACUAUUUUUGGUUUGGGGGAGGGGGAUGAAGAAUUUCUGUUCAUGCAGAACAGCGCCUACGUAGUGGAUCCAGAAGCAAGAAAUUAUAGGGGCUCUUUUUGCAGCUAAUGAGGGUUGAUAUUUAGAAAUGUCUAGGAACUUGUAGGUUUUUCCUCAAUAAUGUCCAUGUCUAUGAUGCUCUAUCCUUCCAUGUGCAUAGAUCUACAUGUAAUGUAGGCAACCUUAAUACAUUCAUUUAGAAAAUGAUAUGUUGUCUCCAUGUAAAAUCUCUGAAAGCUUACUUAAUCAUCAUCGAGCCUUUGCUUGACUUUGGCUCCUACUUGACAUGAUUGAUGAGACUAUUCAUCUUCAUCUAACCAUCUCAUGUUUCAAGUGAAGGACUCCAUCUUUCCCGGGGUCUUGGUAUUGUUGUCAUAUCAAGCAUUGGGAAAGGCUUGGUAAAGAGGAAUAGGAAGAGAUAGAUGAAGGGGGCUUAUCAAACGGGCAAAUUGCAAAGCUACAUGUAUGAUGAUCACUGCCAAUGAUGAUGAUUUCAUCAGCAGAUCUGUAUUUGGUACUCUUCUGUUAAACCUCAGUACACACACACAAUAAUGGAGGACCAACUUUGUUUUGUUUUAUAAAAGGUACCGGUAAUUUUAUCUUUGAAGAAGAAAAAUCAGUUUUAAUACUGGAAUCAGAUGGUCCCUGUUCAAAGCUUAUAAUAUAGAAUUCGGUAGUCAACAGUUUAACCUUCAGAUUUUAGAACCUUAUUUGCUGUCUUACACUGUUGUACACUCUCAAUCAAGCCUGUCUAAUUAAUCACUGCAAACUCUCACCUGUAGUCAUAAAGACAAUCUUCCUCCUUGAAUGGCAUCCACUUUCUUCUGUAUUUUCAUGUGAUUCUAAUUAAUUAAAGCUUGUGAAUCAAACAUCUUUUCAUUGAUGAAUUAUGU